CGAAUGCUCUUCUACGAAACUGCAUCGGCUUGCUUUCACUCUUAGACACGAGCAUCAUGGUCUGACAUGCACCGAGAACACCCCACCUCCCUCUCUUCCUCCCUCACCUUUAAUGCACAGAAUGGCUAACAACGAAUCACUGCAAAUGCUCAAACUGUUGAUAUCACAGAGAUUCUGGGCAUUAAAACGCAUCCGACGCACAGGUCGAGAGGGAAAUUGCAUGGAGGAGACGAGUUUGACUUGAGCUCAAGCCUGAGAUUCUCACUCAUGGCAUGAAAGUGUGUGUGUCCGGAUGGAUGACUAUCUGUGUGUGUUUAUGCGACAGUAUGCAUUCUUAUUUCUUAUUUUUCUUUUCUUUUCAUUUCCUUUUUUUUUUUAUUUUGCAUUGUCCCUGCUCUGCAUGUAACAUCCCAGAUGAACUGAUAACAAAUUCCUCUAAAGAUAUGAAUGUUCUUCCUUUUGCUAAUACGUCGUUUGAAGAGACAAAAUGUGUGUCGAAAUGAGCAAGGAUCGCAAUGACGAGAUGUUCGAACUGAAAAAAAACAAAAACAAAAACAAAACAAAGUCAAAUGAAUCAGCUUAAGCAAAUUAAUAAAAUUAUAUUUGUUAUAUUAUGGGCUGAGAACCAGAUGCUAAAUUUAGGACAAACGAGGAAACGUCCGAUGUGAACGUCUACUUUCCUCUCACCUGUUUUAUGUUCUAAUGUUUUAUGACUGGCUUUAAAUCAGGGGACAGACUGGAACCGGGAUCGCAUCUAAUAAGCUACAGUCAUUAGAGAUGGAAGGAAAUCAAUAGAAAAAGACAAUGAAAGAAAUUACAGAUCACAGAUAGUGUUAUACACAAAAAUCCAUCCUCUAGUGAGUCAUAUAAUGUAAUAUAAAGUACAGCGACGGUACUAAAUAUAGACCCUGUGUGUGAAUUUGUGUCGAUAGUAAUAUCAGUCUCAUCAUUUUAAAGCAGACUGUCAUCACUAUUAUAUCUGCACAUUAUUUAUGUGCUACUUGCACAACAAUUAUGGUGAGUUGAAAUAAAUAUUGUGUGGUUUAAGCCCCGAUGAGCGCGCCGAUAUGAAGCUGAUGCAUUCUGGUGAAUCGCAUUCAUGCCUCCGCUGUCUUUCCUUCUCUACUGUUUGGCCUUCCAUUGCAAGUUCUGUGUGUAACUCUGCACCGCUAUAUGCAUAACGCAGAGACAUACAGUAUAGGAAAGCAGACAUGGCUUUUCAUGAAUCACGUGACAGACCACCCGCAAGGAAUUACAGGAAAUAAUACAUCAUUUCCUGUUCAAAUUUCUGUGUUCGUUUCUGUUGUUCACAGUUAUACCCUGGUACCGGGUAAUGUGUUAUUCAGUGGCGUUGUGAGGGUGGGUCUUCAGGGGCUUAAGCCCCUCAUGUACUGACAAAAGCCCCUGGUCUUAUGAAGACUAAAAACAUUUUGCACCACAAAUAAUGACUUACCAGUACACGAAGCCCGUCUGUCUGUUAGCGCUUAUUUUACACAUUCAUUCUGCUAUACACAGUUUGAAAACUUAUGUGUUGAGCUGUUAAACAGAACAGUACCUGUUCCGGUCAGCAGGUGGCACUGUUGUUAUAAUACGGCCAUUGGACACUCACUACUCAUUCAUUGGAUGAGUUGGUGAGGUCAUAAUAAUGCAACUGUUGGUGAGUCAUAGUCUCUGGGGGCUUAACUCAUCAUCCCUUCCUAACCCAAUCAGCGCCCUUGGUGUUAUUGUCCAUAAUCAUAGAUACAUCAAAUCAGAAGAUGUGAACUCAUUGUGAAAACAUGCAUGAAAAAAAAGACCUCUGAGCGCCACUUGUUUGACCAGCACAUCCCACAGAUGCUCAAUCAGAUUGAGAUCUGAGGAAUUUAGAGGUCAUCACCUUGUAUGCUGUUACCAUGAAGGGCUGAACUUGGUCUGCAAUAAUGUUUAGAUACAGUGGGUGGUCGGUGUCAGAGUUAGAUCCACACGAAUUCCAGGACUUCCCAGCAGAACACUGCUCAGAGCAUUACAGCCUCUGCUGGCUUGCCUUCUUCUUUUUCAUAGUGCGACCAUCUCUUCUUCAGACAUGUGACGCUCAUGCAGCAAAUCAUGCACAUGACGUAAACAAAAUGUUAUUCAUCAUACAAGGCCGCCUUUUUCAUCGCUCAAUGGUCUAGUUCUGAUGCUCUGCCCAUCGUACAGUAGGUGCUGUUGUUGGUAGACAGGAGUCACCAUGGGAACUCUGACCAGUCUGAGACUACACAGCCUCAUGAGUUCCAGCGUGUUCUGAAACCUUUCUAUCAUCUUCCAACAGUUUACAUUACAGUAGCUCUUCUAACUGACUAGCCUUCAUGCCCCACACGCAUCGGUGAUCAUUGAGUGCUCAUGUCACCGGUUGUUUUUCCUUGGACCACUUUUAGUAGGUACUAUCCACUGCAUACUAAGAACAUUAAAGAACCUGCCUUUAGGGAUGCUCUGACCCAGUCAUCUAGCCCUCACAAGCCACUUAGAUCCUUGUGCUCGCCCAUUUUUCCUGCACGUAAACCUUAAGAACCGACUGUUCUAAUACUGUAUAUCCCAGCCCACAGACAACCACUGGAACAAAAUCAAUUUAUUUCACUCCAUCAGACAAUAGUUUUAAUGUUAUAUUAUGGCUUGAGAUGGUUUAUUUAGCCAGCCGUUUAUGACAAAUGUACUAUAAUACAUGCAUUUCAGUUGCAUUCUGUGUUAAUCACCUCUGGAUUGUUGGCAUGUGAGUAAGCUGUGGUCUCGAGCUAUGUUUAGACCAGCUUAUUGCGCCACAUCCCAUACUGACAGAGUCGUCUGAAAGCAUGUGACACUCUGCGCACUCCUUCCAGUGACCUUUCACUUGGACAGUGCAUGAAGAUAUAGUGUUAAGUGAGCUAAGCAAGGAACACACAUGCGCACCAGUCCACACGCAUGCACAUGUCUACGGCGGUAGGUCGAAUCAAAGGACUACUUAUAGAGACCUGCAAACAAGCAACUCCAGCCAUGAGGGUCAUAUGCCGUUUCUUCAGCGAGCCCAAUGACAGACGCCGUCACGGGGAUGACCUGAUUGUAACACCGUUUGCCCAGGUACUGGCCAGCUUGAGAACGGUACGGAACAAUUUUGCAGCGUUAACCAACUUGCAGCAAGAAAGAUCCUCAAAUAAGAGGGCUCCCAUGUGUAACCCACCUCCUCUCCAAAAAGCUUCCUUCACAGAGGAGGCCUACCAGAAGCUGGCCACCGAGACACUGGAGGAGCUUGACUGGUGCCUGGACCAGCUGGAGACCCUGCAGACCCGCCACUCUGUCAGCGAGAUGGCCUCCAAUAAGUUCAAGAGGAUGCUGAACAGGGAGCUCACCCACCUGUCUGAGAUGAGCCGAUCCGGAAACCAGGUCUCCGAGUUCAUCUCCAGCACCUUCCUGGACAAGCAGCAUGACGUGGAGAUGCCCUCACCUCAAAAUCAGAAGGAGAAGGAGAAGAAAAAAAAGCCCAUGUCACAAAUAAGCGGUGUGAAGAAGCUCAUGCACAGUACCAGCCUCACCAACUCUAACAUCCCUCGCUUUGGGGUCAAAACAGAUACCGAAGACUCCUUAGCCAAGGAACUGGAAGACGUAAACAAAUGGGGCCUUAAUGUUUUCCUAGUCACAGAGUUUUCUGGAAACAGGCCGUUAACAGUGAUGAUGUACACAAUCUUUCAGGAGAGAGACUUGCUGAAGACAUUUAAAAUUCCAUUAGACACUUUUAUAACCUACCUGAUGACCUUAGAAGACCAUUACCAUGCAGACGUGGCGUAUCAUAAUAACAUUCAUGCUGCUGACGUAACGCAGUCCACACACGUGCUGCUCUCCACGCCUGCUUUAGAGGCUGUUUUCACAGACCUCGAGAUUCUUGCUGCCAUUUUUGCUAGUGCUAUUCAUGACGUUGACCACCCGGGUGUCUCGAACCAGUUCCUCAUUAACACCAACUCUGAGUUGGCCCUCAUGUACAAUGACUCAUCAGUGCUGGAGAACCAUCAUCUGGCUGUUGGCUUUAAGCUGCUCCAGGAAGAGAACUGUGACAUCUUCCAGAACCUUACCAAAAAACAGAGACAAUCCCUCCGGAAGAUGGUGAUUGACAUCGUAUUAGCCACUGAUAUGUCGAAACACAUGAACCUACUAGCUGACUUGAAAACGAUGGUGGAGACAAAGAAAGUGACCAGUUCUGGAGUCCUGCUGUUGGAUAAUUAUUCCGACAGGAUACAAGUGCUCCAGAACAUGGUACACUGUGCAGACCUGAGUAACCCAACCAAACCACUGCAGCUGUACCGCCAGUGGACAGACCGCAUCAUGGAGGAGUUCUUCAGUCAAGGUGACCGGGAGAGGGAGCGAGGCAUGGAGAUCAGUCCCAUGUGUGACAAACACAAUGCCUCGGUGGAGAAAUCCCAGGUGGGCUUUAUCGAUUACAUCGUCCACCCUCUGUGGGAGACAUGGGCCGACUUGGUGCACCCGGACGCUCAGGACAUCCUGGACACGCUGGAGGACAACAGAGAGUGGUACCAGAGCACCAUCCCGCAGAGCCCUUCUCCUGCACCAGAACAGAACGACGAGAGCGGACGACCCGCUGCGCCGAACGCCACAGACAAGUUCCAGUUCGAGCUGACUCUGGAGGAGGACGGAGAAACCGACACGGAGAAGGACAGCGGAAGUCAGGCUGAGGAAGAGGAGGAGGAAGAGGAAGAGGAGGACGAGGACGAGGACUCCAAAACACUCUGCACUCAGAACUCUGAGUGUACUGAGAACCCGCUGGAUGAGCAGGCAGAGGGAGAGGAGGAGGAGGAGGAGGAGGAGGAAGGGCAGGCGUGUGAGGAUGCUUCUGUAGAACCGAGUAUGGUAGAGGAAGAGGAGGAUGAGGAGGAGGAAGGAACGUAGCAGUGCAAGACACAUUCACUCACUGCUAAUCAUGUCUCAGUGAAACGCACAGGCGGAGGGAUGAUUAAUAAACGGCGGGAGGAGGACAGUUCCAAAGCGCACCUUGCACUCCACAACCUCGGCCGCUGCUGUCUCCCGGACACACGAGGACACACGAGGACACACACACACUCUGGUACAUUGUCCUUUUUUGCACUCAGGAAUAACAUUUGAUUUUUCUUUGCUGUCUUACAUGUUUACCCUAAAACCCCCCCUGCUUCCUCCCAAGUCUGCGCUCCUUGGCCCUUAUUUGAGGGUCCUCUGUGUGUGUGUGUGUGUGUGUGUGUGUGUGUGUGUGUGUGUGUGUGUGUGUGUGUGUGUGUCUGCUCAAACUGGCACAUGGUUGGAAGCUAAACCACUGUGCUUUCAUCCCCUUCAUGUGGGCAGCAGUAAGAAAGAUCUGAAAGUCUCACACACACACACACACACACACACACACACACACACACACAUGGAGCAGUGAAGAAAUAUGGACUGCAGCAGCUACGGCCACGGGGGAAAUGGGAAAUUUAUUGGAAUGUGUUCUCUGGCUUUUUUUUUUACAUUUAAGUCUUCCUGAAAACCCGACUAAAAACACACACACACACACACACACACACACACACACAGUGCUGUCAUGGCCUCCUUGCAUUUUUUUGUUGUUGUCUGUUUGUUUUACACGGAUGCUCGUUUUCUUACUAAAACAGCAAGAGCAAAGAAAAGCUCUAGUGACGAGUAACUUGCAAGUAUGUGUGUAUGUUGUGCGUCGGGUUUUAGUGCGUUACCUUAAUAACGUUAUUCAACACUGCUGGGUCUGUUUCAUUAACUGCACACAAUCUGUUCGGUGAAGUUUCAUUCCUAUUUCUGUCCUUCUCCUUUCAUACAGAUAAUA